AUGUGUCUGACAAUACUGAUACUCUUUUCCUAUGGACUCUUCGGGACAACAGCCAAGGCUGGGAGUCUUGACUACACUAUACCGCACAGACGCUUUGACAGUAGACCACCAGUGGAUCCUCGGUGUAAACUCCCAUUCGACCAACAUUUCUGCUUCGACGGAGAGCCGAUGGCAACGUUUAAUGACGACGACGUCAUCGUGAUUUACAGCAUGACGGGCAAUGGAGGCCCGGUGCCAGGCAUCGACCUUGUGAUACCUCAACACGCUGGUAUCGGUCUGCACAACCUCAACACCGGCUUCAAAUACACCUUGGACUGGUGCCCAAUGUUCGGCCCCUUCAACUGCUCCAAACCCAAUGUGUUGGAGGAUGACUCUCUCCUCUGGUGUAACCAAGCCGGAUCGUGCUUCAAGAACAAGUUUUCCAAGACCUUCCUAAGGCCAACAGCAGAGCGCCAUCAGGUGGCGAACACAACCGGCAAAGUCAUCAAUGCCUUCGCUCACUGGGUCACGUGGGACAACAAUACCGGCAUCUAUGGCGACUCGUCACACCUGAUGCGUUCCAGAGAUGGUCCAUAUUGGACAGAGACCUGGGAUUGUGGCACCUUUGUGCAGCGGGCAUUUCAAGCCCUUUAUGAUCUAGGCGUGAGGUUCUAUCCCGACUUUCAACCCUCCUACUGGCUGGGCAUCGCCUACACAGAGAGGCCUGAAUAUCUGGGCAACCACACGGAGAUAUUCGGUGUUGACGGAGACGCAGCCUUGGCCCAGACUCUGAUGUCAUACUUCAAGGCGGACGAGAAAAACCUUGACUAUGUGUACCUACAUUACAAUGAAGCAUUUUGGUAUGCUAAGUUAACAUCCCAAGCUCCAGAAGAGCCUACCAAAAUGGUAGUUCCGCUACCGGGGUAUGAGUAGAACAUUUGGCAGAGGGUGAGGCUGAAGUUAUAGCAUUAACGUAACGUCUAAUUUAGAGAGAGCAAAAGUUCCCUUUUAGAGUGAUGAGCUUUUAAUAAAUAUAUUAUUGUCUUUGGGGAAACUGAAAAUUAUUCCUUUACUCCUAAUAUAGUAGUAACAUGACUGCCAAAAGAAAGUUGUAGUUUUUAUUGUUGCAAAAUGUGUUGAUACGUUUAUUCCUAGUUGUAGGCUUAUAUGAAAUAUUAAAAUGAAAUGAUGUAUACAUUGCUAUAUGAAAACGGUGAUAAUCGGAACAGGGACAUGGAACACAAUGUCAUGUUUUCGGUGACAAAAUAUACUACGCCAUCCCACCACUCCUUUCGCCCUGACAAUACAGGUCAAAUGGUCUCCCCUCCCUAUAAUAAUUCUUCCCCAGGCAAGGGAGUUAACUGACAAUAGAAGUUCAGUUUCGACCUUUGCCGAACUAGGCUGGAAUUAUUUUGUUGGACUUAGUUGAACGCAUUACGAAAUCAUAAACAACAUGGCGACAGCUGUGCAGGUUUCGGUCGAUUGUAUGAUUUGCAGAGCAUGGGUACGUCCACAUGGCGUCGACAGUUAUUUUCCAAAUCUCUUCAUGUUUUAAUCAAGGUCAUCAAGUGAUCAGAUUGUUUUGACUAUGCGCCGCCAUUUUGUUUGAAGUAAACGCAAGUGAUAUGAGAGGGGGAAUCUGAUUGGUCAGUAGGAGGGACAUAAUUUCUAUCAGCCACUGGUGGCGCUACGAUCGAGCCACGAAAUCCCAGCAGUUCGGCAAGUGAGGAAACUGGACUUUUACUGUCAGUUCCCUUGCCUAGGGAAGAUGAGUAUUUCCAAGUUUCAACCGUUUUGGUUCUUCUGUUCAAAAUACCACCAAAUACCAAUAAAAUACUUAUUUGUGA